AUGGGUAAACGUAGAGCCGCUUCAAAAAGAUACAAAGAUUUAUUACGAAGAGCAAUUUAUAAGAUAAGAAAACAAGAAAGAGAAAUAGCGAGAAAAUGUUCUGACGAUACUCGCUUACUUAGUUUUCGCAAUCCCGUUCACAACGUUUCCUUUAAUCUACCGGAAAAGAUUUUAAUAAUAUAG